AUGGUGAACUCAACUGUGCCUUACUUUAUCCUCAGCACAUAUAUAUAUGUAGGGAGUUUGAAAUACUUGUUAUUUGUGUUAAUUGCGCUGUUAUACUUUAGUAUAGUUUUUGUGAACAUGUCUAUGAUUGUGGUUAUAUGUGUGAACAGAAGCUUACAUGAACCUAUGUACAUGUUUCUGUGCAGCCUGUUUGUGAAUGAGCUGUAUGGUAGUACAGGGCUGUUUCCGUUCUUCCUGCUUCAGAUCCUCUCUGAUGUUCACACUGUUUCUGCUCCUCUGUGCUUCCUGCAGAUCUUCUGUCUCUACACGUAUGGACACGUAGAGUUUUGUAAUUUAGCCGUCAUGUCUUAUGACAGAUAUCUCGCUGUCUGUUAUCCCCUGCACUACAAAUCACAUAUGACAGAUAACAAAGUAGUUAUGUUCAUUGUUGUCAUAUGGUUGUACUCUUUUGUGAAAUUCAUGAUCACAUUGUGUUUAACCGUCCGUCUGACUUGGUGUGGGAAAAUCAUGAAUGGGCUGUAUUGCCAUAACUACCUGGUUGUAAAGUUGGCGUGUUCAGACACCAAUCUGAAUAAUCUUUUUGGGCUUUUUGGUACUGUGAUCACUGUUUUAGUUCCUCUGCUUCCAAUCUUCUACUCCUACAUGAAAAUACUCAAAGUGUGUUUUUCUGGGUCCAGACAGAUGAGACGUAAAGCCGUCAGUACCUGUGCGCCUCACCUGGCCUCCCUCCUAAACUUUUCUUUUGGGUGUUUAUUUGAAAUACUCCAGAGCAGGUUUGAUACGACCAGUAUACCCAGUGCUCUGCGAAUCUUUCUGUCUCUGUAUUUCCUCAUCAUUCAACCGCUUUUGAAUCCGAUCAUGUAUGGGACACAAAUGUCUAAAAUAAGACAUGUGCUGUGCUAUAAAAUGUAG